CCUCACUUUCAUCUACGUUAGUUCCAUCCUUAAAUUCCCAAACAUUAUCCUUUCCUUUUCCUUCCCAGUUUCAUCUCUCCCUAUCAAAAAAAAACCCUCUUUCUUUUCUCACUACAUUUUCCCUUCCUUCCUAUUCUGCAAAACCAAUCCUACUCCUACUUUAUACUCUCUCAGUCCAGAAUACCAUGCAAAGAUUAAUGCAAUCAUAAGUCACUCAACCAGCAUAUAAUCAGAACUACAUCCCCUUUCACUGACACCCACUCUUUAUCCAUCGAAAUGUUUCUGAGCUCAAAUUUUUCUCCAAUGACAAAUAACGAAGCUACAACUUUCCCAGAUCUAUCCUUACAGAUCAGUCCUCCAUUUGCAGCGGAUGAGUAUAACAUGACAGGUUGUAUCAUCAAAAGGCCACCCUCCACCUCAAGCAGCAGCAGCGAUUUAAGCCAAGAAAACACCUUCAACCAUCACCACUACCAACAGCUUAUAGCAGCAGAUAUGGAUGGUUUUGUUAACCAUGGUUUGCAGUUUGAUCAGCAGCAGCCUCAGCUGACCUUGGGGCCUGAGAUGGGAGCUUUGAAUGAUUGUCAUCCCAACCACCAUUAUCAUCCGCGUGGACCACGUCAAAUCUACUCCUACGAUUUCAAGAGAAGCUCGAGGAUGGUUAACAGUGUCAGAAGGGGCGCUAGAGCUCCUCGUAUGAGAUGGACCUCGUCCUUACACGCCCACUUCAUACAUGCCGUUCAGCUCCUUGGUGGUCAUGAAAGAGCAACCCCAAAAUCAGUGCAAGAGUUGAUGAAUGUGAAGGAUCUAACCCUAGCUCAUGUGAAGAGUCACUUGCAGAUGUACAGGACAGUGAAGAGCACUGACAGAGGAGGAGCAGUUGCACUGACAGAUACUCAAGUAAUUAAUCCAAGGGCUCCAAUCUCAUUGUUUGAAGUAGAGGGAGAUAUAUCACCAUCUACUACACUGCAUAUAUCUCAAAGGAGAUCCUUUGAAUCGUCUUUGGAAACGAAUGAUUUGAGUUACACAAUGAAAAAAAAUGUAUCAAGUGAUUACCCGAUAUCCAUUCACACUAGUGAGGCGGAUGAUGAGCAUGAGGUAACCCUAAGUUUGUCGAAAAAGAUUAAGAUGUUAGAAAAUAAUCGAACCUAUUCGUCAUCAGAAAGGUUGCUUAACCUUGAGUUCACCCUUGGACGGCCAUGCCGGCAGUUGGACCAGAUCUUUUGAAUGAUAUAAUGGACGAUGAACUACCCCUUUCAUUUAUCAUAUCAUUCCACUAAUAAAUUAGUAAUAAUCGCAUCUGAAUAUGUCUCAUCCUAUUAAUUUUUGAAUCUAAUUAAAUCAUUAUUAAAUCCAUUUCUUUUUUUUUUU